CCAUACACCACGCACUAAACAAGCAGCAUGCACAUGCGGAAAGCAUGCACACGGCCUGUCUCCCUCGACACCGGUGAAGCAUUCGUUCGUUAGCCUUUACACGAGCCCCUGACCCGAGGCAUCGCAGACGACUCCAUCUCAUUGGUACGUCCAUCAUGCAAGGAAUGCAUCACGCAGCGUGUGCAGAGAGCCAUUCGGCGCGUGCGGCCUUGGCAGAAGUUAAGAAGUCGGCCAGCGCCUCAAGCACAGGCAGUGAACGCGACAUGAGCAGUGACCAUGCAAACACGAGUGAGUUGUAGCCACCCCUCCCUCCACAUUCGGCGGGCGACUGAGCGGUUGAUUGCGUGUGUGUAUGUGUGUGUGCGUAGCGCCAUGGUGUGAUGCGCACAUCACCGGGGUUUGUCAAGGGCCGGAUGGCCGGCCCACACCGGCCGUUUGUGUGCCAUUGUGCGUGUCUAGUGUAUGUUGCCAUCCUUUGCAGCGCCUUUGCAGACCUGCUAGCAUGCUUCUGCUCCCUCUGUGUUGCGUGUCGCCUGUUGCAUGUCACGUGUUGCGUAUUGCAUGUUGGACGAGCAUGGGAGCAGGCCAGUGGCCGCCUAGGGCAUCACGUGAAACUGCUGCUGCAGUUGUAUUUAGUGAGCUCCCAUCGAAAAUAAACCGUGCCAUCGGGUGCCGUCAGGCCGUGCCGUUGAGAAGGCAAGAAGAUGCCCGACACCGACGUCAAAAAGGAGAUUCGGCGACGUCUGGACCGUGAGGUGGACCUCAACUUGCAGAUGGGAGGGUUGGUGCGAGAAGACCUCCGCAGCCGCCUUGAGUCCUACGACUCCAUGGCCAUCGUCACCUCGCUUCUAACGGGCUUUGCCUUCGCUGCGGUGACCAACAUUGAUAGCGACAAGCUCCACGACGGUGCAUGCGCAGGUGUGCGUACAGAGACAUUCAUCAGAUACACACACUCUUAG